AUGACUCGGUGCUCGCUGCCAUACGACACUUUGGUCCAUACAGCGCUUGUGGCGCACCUUGGCACAAGGUGUACGGAUGGAGGGCAACCCGGGAAUCGGGAUACAUACCUUUUUCGCGCCGUCAAGGCUCCUGAUCAGUUCUUCCUGGUCUACGGUUCCCAUUUGACAGAUUAUCCUCCCCAGUCCAAGGGCCCAGUGUGUCGUUCCCACAAGCCGAGUUUUCCUUGGCUGGCUCGUGCGACUCCGAAGCUAGACUCCGUUCCAGGACCGACCACGCUCUCCCUCCCGAAGUCGCAACAUCCCAAUGGAGUCUGUUACCAGAGCACCCAAGCAGGAUACGGCCCAACGGUAGACCCGCACGGCAACGCCGUCAAGUAUGGCUCGGAUGAAGAUAUUAGCUACGGCCGGGAUCCCAAGAAACACGUCCCAGGCACCGCCGUCUGGGCUCAGCCUACAAUCACUCUCUCGAACGGAACAAAGUGUUGCGAUAGCUUAACUCAGGUUAGUGCGAUUUAA